AUGUCUCACCCUCUCGAGGAAGAUGACGGCUCCCUCUCGCCGCCAGCUUCUAAGAAACGCCGUCUCGAAUCCGAGCCAGCUGACCUUUCACUACCACCUCCACCGACCGCAUUAACUGCAGACCAAGUCCCGGGAAAUCAGAUUGAAGAAGAAUUGGCAUCUGCACUAGGCUCUGGUGUUGUCGACCCUGUGGACCACCCCGUGGACCGUCCUUUAGACACGCCCGCUCCCAUCGAAGGAUCUGCAGAAAGCGCGGUGCCCCAACCAGAAAGCAGUGCUGAUAUUGAUUCGGACAUGGCUACUGUGAUCUCAAGCAUCAUGAAUCACGCAGAGCGAGUGGAGGAGCAGUGUGUGUUAGGCCAGCAACAACUGGCGGAGACGUCCAGCGCGUCGCCUCCGAAGGGUAUGGUGUUCGUCAAAGCCAACUCGCACCUGAAGAUCCAGAGUUUGCCCAUUCUUGACAAUUUGUCAACCCAGAUUCUGUCGCUGCUAGCCAAGUCCUCGUAUCAGGAAAUCACCUCCUUCGUUUCCGAACCCGAGACCGAGAGUGGCCAGGCCUAUGCCACCAUGCGAUCGCUGUUUGAUCAUACGAAAAAAGUUUACUCGAGCAAAAAGUCAUUUCUUUCGCCUACAGAGCUGGAGCUCACCGAAUCCUCCCAGAUCGAUAUUAUUCGCAAAGCCAAUCUAGCCUCCUUUGUUUCUAGUAUUUUUGGCACGCAGGAGAUUGGUUUUUCGGAACUGAACGAUAAUUUCCUCGAUGUGUUUGUUCCCGAAGGUGGCCGUCUACUCAAGGUGCAGGGUGCCUUGUUCCUGGAACUCAAGACCCAGGCGUUCAUCGCAUCGAUGAAUAAUUCGGAAAGAACCCGAACUGAGCUUCUUUACGACCUGUUUCCCGAUGAGCUGGAGCAACAGCUGCUUGAUCGGCGUCCAGGGACUCGUCAGCUGGCUCCCAGUGAAGCGGACUUUGUCAAGCGGGCCGGUUCGCGCCGUGACAUUCUGCUGAGCGACGUCAACAACGAGGAAGCCAUGAAGGCCUUGCCGGAUAAGUACCACUGGGAGGAUUUUCUUCGGGACCUGAGCUCCUACAUCACCAAGAACUUUGAUACCAUCAGCAACCAACAGUUUCCGGUUUCAACCCAGCCACCUGAUGUUCCCGUUGAUAGAAACAUGCACGGCGACUUGGUUGCGCGUGCGGCUCGUGCGGCGCAAAUUGCUCUGCAAGGCCACGGCUUGAGACGUUCCCAGCAGCAGCAGGCCCAACAGAACCAGCAGCAGCAACCGUCGCAGCAGCAACCACAGCAGCACCAACAACAGCAUCAGAUGCAUCAACCCCAGCAACUUCAGCAGCAACCCCCUCAACAUGCGCCGCAGCAGGGGGGUCAGAUCCUGCAUGGCUAUUCUGCUGCCCAGCCCACGGGUCAGAUGCAGCAUCAGCAGACUCAUCAGCAGCCGUAUCACCAUAGUCCCGCUCCGUCUGGCUAUCAGCAACCGCCCGGCCAACUAACCUUCCAGCAAAGCCCUCUCCAGGCGAACUUUCAGCAAUACAACCAUGUGACGCCUGCUUCGAUUCCGCGACCAAACUCAGCCGCAGCCAACCAUGGCUAUAUGCCGGGGAUACCACACUACUCGCAGUCGCAGCCGACUCAGGUACUCUACGAGCGCGCGCGCAUGGCGGCAUCUGCCAAGUCGUCGCCUAGCAGCCGCAAGUCUGGGUUGCCCAGCCAGCGUCGACCGUGGACGACGGAGGAGGAGAACGCAUUGAUGGCCGGGCUGGACCGGGUUAAGGGCCCGCACUGGAGUCAGAUACUUGCCAUGUUUGGCCCGGGAGGCACCAUCAGCGAAGCGCUGAAGGACCGCAACCAGGUUCAACUGAAGGACAAGGCGCGAAACCUGAAGCUGUUCUUCCUCAAGAGUGGCAUUGAAGUACCGUAUUACCUGAAGUUUGUGACGGGAGAGCUAAAGACGCGUGCGCCCGCGCAGGCAGCCAAACGCGAGGCCCGCGAACGGCAGAAGAAGCAGGGCGAAGAGGACAAGGCGCAUGUCGAAGGCAUCAAGGGCAUGAUGGCGCUUGCCGGUGCGCAUGCGCAGCCUGUUGGACUGGCACAUGGCCACGAUAUGUCGGCGUCGCCAAUGCCACCGGAUGCUGGAGCGCAUGCGGCGUUUGACCAGACAGCCGAGCAGAACCUGAUGCAGACGCUGGGCCAGGAGGUACAUGGUGAAGCUUUUGGACAGCAUCACCACCAUCAUCACCAUCACCAGCAUCAUCCGCAUCAUACCCACCAUCAAGACCAUGUUGAUCCCAACAUGCAUCUUGGACAAUAA